UUCAAACAUGUUCUUGAGAUUGAAUAAUAUUACUACUGUUCAAAGAACCGGGUUUAAAUACGUAACUAUAAAAGAAUAUAAUCGAAAGGCUUCCAAAACUGAUUAUCCAAAAAGAAUAUUUUCUGGAAUUCAACCUACUGGAAACUUGCAUUUGGGAAAUUACCUUGGUGCUAUACACAAAUGGACACAAUUACAAGAUAAUGGAGAAAAUGUUGUUUUUAGCAUUGUAGAUAUGCACUCCAUUACUUUACCACAUGAUCCCAAAGAGUUGAAUGAUAAUGUACUAAAAAUGACGGCAACAUUAUUAGCAUGUGGUAUUGACCCAAAGAAGAGUAUACUAUUUCAACAGUCUACCAUAGCUAUGCACGUGCAACUUUGUUGGGUAUUAGGAUGUAUAACCACUUUGGCAAGAUUAGGGCAUUUACCUCAGUUCAAAGAAAAAAGUCAAACAUUAAAAAAUGUUCCUCUGGGUUUGUACAUUUAUCCUGUUCUACAAGCUGCUGAUAUAUUAUUAUACAAAGCAACACAUGUUCCAGUUGGACAAGAUCAAGUUCAACACAUUCAGUUAGCGCAAGAUUUAGCUUUUAAAUUCAACAGAACAUAUGGAGACACCUUUCCUAUGCCACGUUCUUUAGUUAAUGAAAAUGCAAGCCAACGAAUAAAAUCGCUUCGUGAUCCUUCAAAAAAGAUGUCGAAAUCGAGCAAAGAUUCAAAGAGCAGAUUAGAUAUAUUGGAUAGACCUGACGAAUUGAUGGAGAAAAUUAAGAAGGCUGUUACAGAUUGUACAUCGGAAGUAACUUAUGAACCAGAAGAACGACCUGGAGUCGCGAAUCUAAUUUCUAUCCAUUCGAUGCUUACCGGAAAAUCGCCGGAUCAAAUAUGCUCUGAAGUAGAAGGGUUAAACACUGGAAAGUAUAAGUUGGUAGUAGCGGAUUUAGUUAUAGAAAAAUUGACUCCGAUUCGUGAAGAAUUUUCAAGAUUAAUCAAGGAACCGGCUUAUUUACAAGAGGUCUUAAAGAACGGUAGAGAAAAAGCAACGGAAAUUGCUAGCGACUGCUGGUAUGAGGUUCAACAUAAAAUUGGUUUUGAAAAUGAUAUUCCAAAUAUGUAUGAAAAACCUGUACAAAGAACUACACCCCAUACUUUGUCACCUAACUUUAAUCUAUCACCAGCACCGUGUCCUUUGGAAACUAUUACACCAGAAAAAUCUCUGCCUAAAGUUAAUGGCAAUUCCAGUUCGUCGUACUGUCUCCCAAGGCACGACAGCGACUACGACGGCGACGAGGACGGCGACGACGAAGACGGCGACGACGACGACGGCGACGGCGACAACGACGGUGACAGCGUUCACCCCUCGCCUCUUUUGCCCGAUCCUGCAGUAUCCAUGGCUACGUCGUCCGCGAGGAUUUCGCGCGAAAUACCGGAUAUAUCGGCCGCGUGA